AUGUCCGAAGCAGGAAGAAACCUUCGUCCCCGCAAUAAACCGGGCACGGCUGCCCCCGCGUCGUCAAAUCCGACUCCGUCGUCGGGUCUCACCACCUCGGCGGAGACAAAUACGUGGAGCAAAGGCACCGGCGGCAACCCAGACGAAGAGCGUGUAGUCAGUGAUAGCGAAUCCGUAGAAUUCGACCACACGGUUAGGAGUCGUGAAGGCACAUUGGUCGGGCAACCAAUCGCGAGUAAAAGCCGCGCCGCGCCCGCGAAAGGUAGUCGCGCCGCGUCCGCGAAAGGUAGUCGCGCCGCGUCCGCGAAAGGUAGUUGCGCCGCGUCGCAAAGGGAUAGUAAGUUAGCAGUUCUAAUGGCCGAGCUCGAAGUUCGUAAAGCCGCCUUGGUUGUUGCUCAGAGGCAGAACGAAACCGCACAGAUUAAGUUGCAGAUUGCGCAAUGUGAAGCGCAAUCUGACUGUGCGAGCGUUUCGUCGGCUGCUCACGAGCGCACCAAGAGUUGGGUAGAACGACAGGCUAGGCAUACGGAGCUCGCGAAAACCGAGAAUGUCAUUCCCGCGCCGACUAGCAAAAUUGAAGUUAAGCCCGAGCGUCCUAAACCGUACGGUAGUCAUUUCGCGCCGAUAGUCCACAAACCUCCUGAGUUGCCUAGCUUCGACGGCAACGUAACAGAAUGGAUAGCUUUCCGCGCGGAAUUCAACGACACUUCGCCUAUGUUCAGUGACGUAAACAACGUGAGUAGGAUUAGGCGUGCUCUCAAAGGAGACGCACGAACGGCAGUGAAAUCGAUUAUGUAUACUGUUCAAGACCCGCGAGUGAUAAUGGACGCGUUAGAGCGUCAGUUCGGCGAUCCGGACGAAAUAGUGUUAACCGAAUUGCAUAGUGUUAAACGUAUGCCACGUUUGGCAGAAGACAAUAGUAACAUUGCGUCGUUCGCCGCGCACGUAGCAAACGCCGUGGCUACAAUAAAAUCACUCGGGCAGGACAAGUAUCUACACGCGCCGGAAUUGGUCAAUAAAAUAGUUGACAAAUUAAGUUUAAUAGUGCGAUAUGAGUGGUCGAAAUACAGACGUGCUAAUCCCAGUUCCCCAGACCUCGUCGCGGUCUCUGAGUUUUUAAACGAGAUUAGCAUAGCCGCGAAGCGCAUUAUCCGUAAACCGACGCAUAAACUGAGAACCGCCGUGCAUACGGUUUUAUAUGAGCACGAGCCUAGGGCAUCUGGGCGUCGAGCCCCCGAAUACACGCGCGAUAUCAGUACCGGUUCGGAAGAAUCUCGCGACGCACGUCCGCGUACGUACGAUAGAAAAAGUCAUGCUAAGGUAAAUCCGCCUAUAGUAGCUCAAGUGAAGCACCGCGAACAUAAAAAAAAACCCGUGGUCGCUUCAUCGAAGCCUAAGACGUACAACUCCACCCCCGUCGCGCAAAGUCACGCUUGCGCCAUAUGCGCUAGUAGUGAGCACAAAAACGUGUCGUGCCCUAAGCUUAUCGCGGCCUCGGUGGCAGAACGUUGGGAAUUAGUUAGGAGCUCGAAGCUCUGCUUUAGGUGUUUAGACUUGACUCACCGUCGACCUGUUAAAUGCAAAUACGUCGCGUGUGGUGUAAACCAAUGCGAAGCGGGUCAUCAUAAGUUACUACACGGACUGAGCGCGGUCGCCCCCGCGAACGGUAGUAAUAGGACGGGAGCAAUUAAUACUAUCUCGUGCGCGCACACGUAUUUAAAAGUCAUUCCUGUAGAGGUAUCUGGGCCGUUAGGCACAGUGCAAACCCUCGCGCUACUAGACGAAGGCGCGGAAAUGACGUUAAUUUUACACGAAACCGCUGAUAAAAUCGCACCACGGGUCAGAGGUCAACCUCUCGACAUCACGGGCGUAGGCGGUGUAGUGAGCGAUCAAGAUUCGUAUACUAUGCAGGUCGCUAUUCGAGGCUUUUGUAGUCGUCAUAUGGAAAUCAUGGAGGCCGUUACGAUUAGUACGUUCGGAGUAGGCGUGCAAUGCGUUCCGCGUAGUACGGUCGACAAGUGCGAUCACUUGAAGGAAAUCGCAGACGAGCUGUGGUAUCCGCCCGCGAAGCCUACUAUUUUGAUAGGACAGGAUAAUUGGCAUCUAAUUAUCACGCGGCAGAUUAUUAGCGGACCGCCACAUCUUCCCGUAGCUAGUCUCACGCGAUUAGGCUGGGUUUUGCACGGACCAGAUAAGACGACCCGCGCCGCGGUACAUUUCGUAGGGCACGCUAGGCCUAAGACCGCGGACGACGAAGCCGUCGAAUUAAUGAAGCAGCAUUUCGAUAUCGAGGCGUUAGGCGUGUCAAAGCAGCUGCCUAGGGCCGACCCGGAUCAACGCGCGUUAGAUAUUUUAAGGGCAACGUGCGAAAAGAUACCGGGGGAGAAUAGGUAUCGAGCGGGACUAUUAUGGCGGAGCGAUGACGAAACUCUCCCAGACAAUCGCGCGCAGGCGUUAAAACGGUUAUAUAGUUUAGAACGAAAAUUAGACCGCGACGCGAAUCUUAAAGCCGAGUAUUCGAAGCACAUGAACAAUUUGCUAGAGAAAGGCUACGCGGAGAAAAUGGACUCGCCCCCGCCCCCCGACUCGCCCCGGGCAUGGUAUCUCGCGCAUUUCCCGGUUUUUCAUCCGCAGCGUGGAAAAAUGCGUCUAGUUUGGGACGCAGCGGCUAUGGCCUACGGCAGGUCAUUAAAUAGCGCGUUACUGGCCGGGCCAGACUUGUUAGAGUCGCUAUUCGGAGUAUUGGUUCGCUUCCGCGAGGGAAAAAUCGCGGUAAUAGCGGACGUUAAAGAAAUGUUUCUCCAGAUCGAGAUUGUGGAACAGGAUCGGGACGCUUUACGUUUCGUUUUUAGGGGGGAGGACCGCGACGGACCGCCGCAGGAAUAUAGAAUGAAAAGGCUAAUAUUCGGCUCAGCGUCGUCACCUACCACCGCGCUGUAUGUAAAAAACGAAAACGCGAAAGAACAUAGUGCAGAGUUUCCGAUCGCUGCGGAGAAAACGAUCAAAAAUACGUAUAUGGAUGACAUGUUGAUAGCACUCGACAUGAGCGAACAGGAAGCUAGGCGCGUUGUGAACGAUAUUUACGAACUGAACAUGCGCGCGUCGUUUGAACUUCGAGGUUUCGCGUCGAAUCAUCCGGAGGUAAUCGCGGACGUAGUCAACAGUAAGGAGGAGACUACGGUCAUAGGCGCUAGCGAUAGCGAACGCACGCUAGGCUUAAAGUGGAAUCAUAAACGCGAUACGUUAGGGUUUAACGUGAAUUUUAGGAACACGCCCGAAAACGUACUCGACGGCCGCGAAUUACCCACAAAAAGGCAGGUCACGAGUAGUGCGAUGUCCAUAUUCGACCCCAUAGGUUACAUUAGCCCCAUAUCAGUGCUAGGUAAAGCGUUAAUGCAAGAGAUAUGGCGCACUGGGAUCGGUUGGGACACGCCCAUUCCCGUUACGCUCGCGCCCGCCUGGCGUUCGUUUAUAGAAAACGUACAGCAGUUAAAACAGCUCGAAAUUCCUAGACACGUACCCGCGUACAACCGCGAAGCGCACAUGCAUGUAUUUUGCGACGCUAGUGAAAAAUAUACGCCGCGGCCGUGUAUCUGGUUAGCAUAA